AUGUGUUCCACUAUGAAUGUUUCCUUGCUGCUGCUGCCUGGCUUCCAGUUGCUCCUGAUGUUCAGUGUGGGAGCAAAGAAACAAGAACCAGUGCUUUCCCGUGAGGACCAGGGCACUCGCCUCCGAGACCUCUGGAAGCUGCACAUGAGGGACACCCUGCUGAAAGGAAAAGGUUCAUGUCCUCCUCCAAUCAGAGAAGGGGCCAAACAGCUGUUGCUCUACUGCCGAGUUGGGAUUGGCUACCAUCUCCAGAUUCUACCCAGUGGCUCUAUAGGAGGCGUCCACAAACCCACUGAGCAUUGUUGGCUGAAGGUGUUUGCUAUGAAACAAGGAGUGGUGGGAAUCAGAGGAGUCAAGAGUGGCUUGUACCUCUGUAUGAGUGGAGAAGGACUAGCAUAUGGAACGGAGUAUUUUUCUGACGAUUGCCUGUUAAAGGAGAACCUGGAAGAGAAUCACUACACAACCUAUUCCUCUCUGUCUCACCCAGGCAUCUAUCUGGCUCUUUCCCACAAGGGAGAGCUCAGAAAGGGCAACACUGUGGGCCGCCACCAGUCCUACACCCACUUUCUACCUCGGAGGACACCAUGAACAGGGUCCACUAUCAACCAACUACUUCAGAAUUGGGGCCAAAUUAGGAAUAUUUGGUGGCUUGCAUUACAUCUCCAGCUUGUGAGAAAAGCAACAGACCAUAAAUUGGCCCCAAACUGCAACUGGGCCUAAGAAUGCAAAAUGAAAAAAACUACAACCAGAACCACUUCCAAGAGACACAAUUGGUAGGAUUCUUUGGAGCGUAACCAACUGUAAGUAAGGACAGUGAACUAUAAGCUGAAAUGCUUCGUCCCACUCAGCCACUCCACCUGCAACUACUUAUCCUGCUCAAAAGACCUGACUGAGUCUGAGGAUCAAUCAACAAACAAUGGCUGCUUGUGGUGUUAAUGGUGUUGGCAUCAACUACUAUUAAACACUUGAAAUGAUACAAUAAUAAUGCAUAUGCGGUUACCACUGAGCAUGAGCUGGCUAACAUGCAGGAUUAUUCUUCUGAUAUUUUCAAAAUUGCACAUGCAUGGUUAAUAACUGAAUGCAUUCAGACUAGCUGAUUGUUUCAGUCCUUUAAGC